AUGAACCCUUGUUCUGCUUCUAUAAAUAUUGCCUCAUCUUCUGCUAUUCCUUUCACAUCCCUCUCUUUGAUUAACCCUUCUCCAUUUUUUGCCAACAAAGACAUUUCUAGCAUCCAUAUUGUGAUGUCCAAACUCACCCCCCAAAGUUUGGCCGACAUCACGAAGAAGUACGAUGUCGAUCCUCAAUUUCAACCUUGCUUGUCGGAACCUGGAACUGCCAUUAUUAAUGCCCAUGAGGGUUUUGUCAGCGUAUAUCAAGUUUUAUUCAAGUCUGGUCUUCGGUUUCCGACGUUCGAUUUCCUAAGGGUGGUGUUAGAUUAUUACGAUCUUCACAUCACACAAAUUACUCCGAAUGGAUUUCGAAAUAUAAUAUGUUUUGUCAUGAUAUGUCCAGCUCUAGAUAUCGUUCCUACCCUCAUGGAUGAGUUCCUUUUUGUCCGUUUAUCUGCUUUUCUUGGGACCAUGGCUUAUGGAAUUUCUUAUGAUAGGGCUCCUGAUCCUACUCCGGAGUUAACGCUCGAAGAAUGA